AGCAGAGUGACAAUUUGACUUCCUAUGUCCUUAGGCCUGCAGCAAAGAAAAUUAGGUAGUAAUUAGAGCUUUUACCCAAAUAUAAUCGCUAAUAUUCAACGGAUUAGCCAUUCAGAUCAGAUGAAAGGACUGCGGUAACUGUUGAUAAUUUUGAUUACCUAAUAUCUUGUCAGUUUAUGGUCACAAACCAGUAAGGUACACAAGGAAGGAGAAUGGGACAAAAUCCAUCAACCUACAGCAGGAACGACGAUGGGUUAGACGGUGGUUACGGAUCUGGCGGAGGUAGCAUGACAACCUCUGGUCGAGGAGGUCAACCCAAUCAGAGACACUCCUGGACCUCCAGCAAAUAUAAUAGCCCACAUAUACCGGUGGUCAGUGCAAGGACUGGUGGAGAUGGAAAUGAUAAUGCACCACUAGGCUUUCACCAUGUCCAUGGAAAACACAUUCAGUUAUCAGAAAAUGGCAAAUUAGCUUCCCGAGUCGGUAGCUUCUGCAACGCAAUAGUGUUUACCAGUCGGCCAAUAGCGAUCAAUGAAGAAGUUAAUAUGGAGCUUGUACACAGUACAAGUUCGUGGAGCGGCGUGUUACGUUUCGGUUUCACUCAACAGAACCCAGCUAGGAUUGCUUUAGGUGGUCUGCCUAGAUACGCUUGUCCCGAUUUAACGGUUAAGCUAGGCUACUGGGCCAAAGCACUUCGUGAGAACUAUGCAGGCAAUGGUAAUCUUUUGACUUUCUAUUGUAAUGAAUAUGGAGAAGUGUACUUUAAGAUGGAUAACGCUACAUACCAGCUUUUUUUUAGUGAUGUGGAUAUAUCCAGCCCUCUUUGGGCAUUAGUUGAUGUUUAUGGCAACACUACUGGAGUUAGAUUGAAAGAAAGUAGUCCUGCUAUACCGCGUGCCAUUGCAAAUUCAUUACCUGCCUCAAGAACAACACCUCCAUCGCAUUCUGCCGUUGAUGAAUCAAGUAUACCUAAUGCUACCACACAAAACACUGCCAACACAUUACCGACACAAAAUUACGACACCUUGGACCUGGAGCGUGUACACUUCCAUGAAGUGCACGGACAUAGUGUUCGGCUACGAUCACAUAAAAAGCAAGCAAAGCGAAAAACCGACUCCUACCAAGGAGGUAUAGUUUUCUCUCACAGACCGUUAAGAAUUGGGGAAGAGAUUGUUAUAAAAGUCAUUGAGGUCUCUAGUAAAUUUGUUGGCCAAUUAGGGUUUGGUGUGACGUCUUGUGACCCCAAUAUAUUGAAUUUGAAUGAUAUUCCUGAUGAUGUCGAAGCUCUAUAUGAUCGUCCGGAAUUCUGGGCAUUUAGCCGUGAUUUCCCAAUCCCAGAGGAGAGAGACACUAUUUCAUUUAUGAUAGACGAUGAAGGAAAAGUUUUGUGCCGAAUACAUGGACAAUUACACGGCACCCUUAUGCAUGUUGAUAUAUCUCAGCCCCUUUGGGCCGCCUUUGACAUUUAUGGAAAUACACAAGUCAUACGACUUCUAGGCAUCAAACGUCAUUCAAUAAUCCCACCAAGCCUUCCAUUGGAGGAUGAAAUUCCUCAACCUCCCGUUGGCAAUGAUUCUGAUUUUCUUGGAAUGCGUGAGCUCGUUGAGAAUCUUUACGUCCAUCUUGACGGUACGAAUAUAACUCCCGAAGUCCUUAGUGCGCCUGAAGUUCCUGCAUUGCCUGCAACAAAGCAAGAGCAGCACUCCGCUGCAGCACCUGUGCAGAAGAAGGCCAACCCUCCUAAGCCAUCAAAAAAAUCUGUGGAUGACGGAGAAUGCACUGUAUGCUUUGAAAAGUCUGUGAAUGCGGUGUUCUACAAAUGCGGACAUAUGUGUACCUGUUUUGAAUGUGGCAAGAAACUGAGAUUAGCUGGUUCCCCAUGUCCAAUCUGCCGAGCAUAUAUCAUGGACGUUAUUAAAACCUUCAAAUCAUAAAGGUAAGAAUAUUUGCAAUUUCGU